AUGCAUCUCACUCAGCUCAACCGCGAGUGUCUCCUCCACCUCUUCUCCUUCCUGGACAAAGACAGCCGCAGGAGCUUGUCUCUUACCUGUCUUCAGCUGCGUGAGGUCUUCCUGGACCCUUGUCUCUGGAAUCUGCUUCACUUCAGCUCCCCGUGUCAGCUCCGAAGGGACAACUUUGUGCUGGGACCCUCGCUGCGGUAUUUGACUAUCUGCUGGUACUCCAGCAGGGUGCUGCAGGUGUGCAACAUCGAGGACUGGUUGAAGAGUUCCUUCCAGAAGGACAUCUGCAGUAAGCAUGAGAAUCUGGUCAGCACCUUUCUGGACCGCGUCUGCCACAUGUGUCCCAACCUCCUCUCUCUGACGCUGUCCGGCUGCGCGCACAUCACCGACCGGGAAGUGACCUCGGUGCUGCAGAGCUGCAGGAGGCUGCGCAGCCUCCACCUGGAGAACUGCGUCCGCAUCACAGACCGCAGCCUGCGGGGCGUGGCGGCGCACGGAGGCAGUCUGGAGGAGGUGAGGGUGGAUUUCUGCAGGAACAUCACUCAGGCGGGGCUGCGGAGGUGUAAGGAGAUGAGACCGCUCCUCAGGCUGAGCGCAGAGAGGAGCGCUGAGAUGAUCCCAGACAGCAGACCUGAGGAGCAGGUUCCUCUGAGGAGGUCGCUGCAGAAGGUCCUGCAGGCGUCCUGAUGGCCACAACAAGCAUCAGGACUUAACAUUGUAUUACACUUUUGUAUUUUAUUUGCUUUUUUAAAUCAACUUUUUAUACCAUAUUUAUUGAAU